AUGCCUCCGACCUCCAAUCUAUGGGGUGCAUGCCGCUCCAUCGCCUUCAGAUCAAAACGGCCGGCAUGUCAAUCGCAGCGCCCUGCAAUCGCAGCCAUUGCACGACAGUUCUCCACUGACCCAACCACGCCGCGUUCGACCGGCAUCCCCAACAUACCCGGUGCCACCGGAGCAGCGGCCUCCGGCCGUCCAGACGACCUCUCCGCACCGUUAUCUUCGGGCACGAUCAGGGAGGAGGAUGUGCAGAUGCGGGAGCCGACGCCCACGGAGGAGGCCCUGUCGCAGCUGGAGCUCACGGCGCUCGGCCUGAACCCCUUCGACAAGCGCCUCAGCGGGCUCAAGUUCGGGGAGCCGGAGAUACCGCAGGGCAAGCUUCACGAGACGAAAUUUCCACAUGAAGCACCGUUACGAGGAGGGUAUAAUACAGCUCACGAAGCUGAUGAUGCGCGAUGGCAAGCUGAGCAAGGCACAGAGGGUCAGUGGUCCACACCUUCUGGGUCCUGUCACGAGGAGGAGCUACGACGACGGAUUCAAGAACAGGACAUGGCCAUGAUCCUCAACUACCUCCGAACAUCGCCAGCGCCCCGGAUCAACCCGCAGCGGCCGUUACUGCCCGGCUCCCCGCCGGCCGAACACCUGCCCCUGAACCCGAACCUCUACCUUAUGCUGGCGGUGGACUCUGUGGCGCCUCUGAUCCGGAUCCGCGGGUUCACGGGCCUGGCGGGUGGUGGCAAGGCGCUGGAGGUGCCGGUGCCGGUCUCGAGGCGGGCGCGGCGGCGGACGGCGUUCAUGUGGAUCAUGGACACGGUGGAGAAGAAGACGUCGAUGGGGUCCGGCAAGAAGAUGCUGGCGCACCGGAUCGGCGAGGAGAUUGUGGCGGUGGUCGAGGGCAGGAGCUCGGUGUGGGACAAGCGGAACCAGCUGCACAAGACGGGCACGAGCGUCCGGGCGAACCUGAGCUCGCCGGCCCUCAUGAAGAGGAGGAUCGGCUAG